AUGUUUCAACAAUCAUCAUUCCGUGGUGGUCCUAUGCAUCUAGGAAGAAGUGGUUCUAAUACGUCUUCAUUUAAUCAUAAUAAUUCUUGGAAAUAUUCAGCAACAAAUUCUGAUCUACCACCUCCUACUACAUUACCAUCUCUUAUUGUACCACAAAAUACUGUUGGACCAUGCCGAGGUAAUUUUUAUAAUAAUCCAAAUUAUAAUGAACCUCCAACAUCAUUAAGUGUAUAA